UGCUCGCUUGUCUGCUUGCAUCCUGCUUUGUUCGCGGCCAAUUCGCCCGCUAUCAUCGCCUUUAUUGUCGACUUCGCCUCGUGAGCUCUCCGUUGAUCCCUGGAUCUAUCCAUUUGGUACUCUGUGUAGUGUGUGAGGCGCAGAUCUAGCGGACGACUGUGGACUGGGGCACUCUUGUUCGAUUCUUUGGUUGAUCUGCGAUAUUUUGAACGUGGGCGGAGCGUGUGUGAGGGAAGAGUGGGCCUGUGCUUGGCGGCGAGUAGUGUACAGCUUUGGUUAAAUCAUGGAGUGGGAUUCCCGGGUUUUGGUUGAAGGCUUUCAGGGGUGUAUUUGAACUGAACGGAGGUUGGUGUGUUGGAGUUGUGAAUGUUGAUGAAGGAAGGGGUUUCUGGGUUUGGGGAACAUUGUUGAGCCAAUGCACGAAUGCGCCGAAUCGACCAUUAAAACAUGCCGUGACCCGCCAAUGCACGAGUGUGUGAAAUCAUCAAUUCGGGAAUGCAGUGACUCCCCAAUGCAGCUUAAUUCGCCAAUGCAGCGUGCACGACGUUGCUGUGGACUUCGAGGGUUGUUGUUGUUGCCGGGGGAGAAUAGUUGCGACACCCGGGUUGCGUCUGAGGGGUGAGGAGAGCAAACCGAGUGUGUGUCAGCGUGUUUUGCAUUGAAAUUUGGAAGCGCGGUCGUGGUUGGAGGAGCGACUGUGUUGCGCUAGCGUUGCUGGAUUUUCUGAGAGGGGGGGAUCUGACGAUGUUUCUCGAGUCUGGGUACGAAAGGGUAGGUGCGUCCCGCUCUAUCUCUGGAGGAGUUUUCCCUACAAUGGAUAGCCCUCGUUGCAACUCCGCGGGCGAGGAAGACCAUCAGCGGGCCGCGGUAGAGUUUGUGAUGGAGCUUGCGGGCAAGCACACAACUCUUGUCUCUGAGAAAAUUGAGCGGUGUCACUCUCUCGUCUACGCCGACCAGAUACCCGUGCCUAUGUUUAAUGUAGACUUCAACUUGCGCUGCCUUCUUUGGAACAAACGUGCCGCAGAUCUUACCGGUUGGCCAGAAUCCGAGAUCUUUGCUAUGCCAAGGUUUCACGAUGUAUUGUUCAGCAGCGGGUCUUCUUACCCAAAGGGCUUGAUGAAGGACGUGCUUAAAGUUGUUUUAGAUGGCCACACUACCUCUCAAGAAGUUUGGGACCUCAAGACCAAAUGGGGUGAGCAGAUUAAGGUCCUUGUAGUUGCGAGCCCUCGCAUGGAUGCUAAAGGUGUUGUCUCCGGAGCGAUUUGUGUUAUCAUGCCUUAUGGUGCAUCUGCGGCCAAAGGCUCUGACUACGAAGCAGAUUGCAAUUUGGAGCAUAUUGACGAAGUUACAAACCUCGAUCUCGAAGGUGGUGAGUAUCGGUUCCUGACGGUGCUGGAGAAACCUCUUUCUCCUUAUUUAAAUAGGGGAGAAAGGUCCGAAGAGAUGUUUGCAGCUCAGAAGAGCUUCUUUUCCGACGAAGCGCGCAUGCAGUCAGAGGAAGAGGGUACGUCUGCGUGCUGUCAAGGUUGGUGUAAUAGUAAUCAAGGCUCUCCUGUAGAAGUAGGAAGUGUCGGCAGUAUUAAUAUGCCGAGCAGCUCGACCCGCGUGGCCGAAAAUCCCUCACCCUCAUGCCAGAGCGUUGUGGGUUUGACGUCUCCUGCGCGUGCGAUGGAACUGAAGCUCUGUGGCGGUUAGAGCGGAGCAUGCACGAUUCCCAAGGCUUCUCUGUCAUCUUCAUCAGUCUGUCCCUUGCAAGAUCCGAGAAUUAUGAUCUGGUUCGCGAGAUUCGCAGCAUGCAGCUGUCUGAUCCAGAAAGUAAUUGCUUGACCACCCCUGCUCUCAUUGUAGCUGUUGUCAAUCUAGACAGAUGGGACGUGUCAAUCAAGGAAAACUUGAAGCAAAGGGACGUGGAAGCAGGUGUAGAUUCAAUCAUGACAUUCCCGUCCAGAAUUCAGCAGCUUCGGGAUACAUUGACGACAUUGGGUGUAGCAACAGAUGACUACUCCAACAAGUCAUUGCAUGCCGCCUUCGAUUCCUGGAAUAACUCGAUGGUUUUAGCCAGAUGAGAUGACUAUCUGCGCAACGGCCUGUCAUCAGCUGCUACUUCCUUUUCAAAAAGAUGUAUUUAGAAGCUCCGUUUGCCAUAUAUUUUUUUAAUUUAGCAUUAAACAUAUACGCUUACAUUACCCUCUGGUUACUUCCAUCUUUUAAGCGAAGCAACCGAUCCUAGUGGAACCUACCUUUUUAUGCGGCUGGAUGCGGAGUCUCUCCACCGUUUCCAUGAGGCAGGCUCCUUGGGCAACAGAGAAAAGCUUAUGGUUUGUCUGCGAACUUGACGUACCCGCUUCAAUGACGGGCUGCACAUCAGGUUUGAGUUUUCCAAAUCGCCAGCUUCUAGCAGCUCUAGAGUGAUGAUACGUCCCUUACACGUAGGGAUAGUCAUUGUUUGGGUACCUUUUACAAGAUCCUUUACUACAGUGGAGGAGUAUUGUGUUCGAUACCAUGGUCUUCAAUUUUGUGUACACUCUAAUUGUCAUCAAGACCAUUGACUAGUACAGACCUUCAUGCUUGACUUUCACAUGC